AUGCCGCUCAUGAAACUAGUAUGUACUGCACUUGAAAGAGUUCUUCUUACACGCCCAAAGAUCAUCGAACAUAUGUUGAGAAUGUUACAUCAAGAUCUCGUCUUUUUCCGAGCACCUGAAGAAAGUGAUCUAACUAGUGACGUCCACGAGGUUCAGGUAGACCGGAUUGAUCCUUUACUUGAGUGGGUGAAAUCAGAGUUUGGGAUUAAACCUAAAGUGUAG